AUGUCGAACACAGCACAGUUAUGGACCACUCUGAUCGGAACAACAUCCUCUUUCGAGCUCGCCGAUCAUGUGAGACAACUUGUCAUAACACUUGACCAGAUAGCCAGAAAUAGGGACCAGGGAUACCAGACAGACAUAGUACUAUUGGACUUUUCAAAGGUGUUUGAAAAGGUCCCUGACCAACGUCUUCUAUUGAAAUUGAAGCACUUUGGAGUGUCAGGUACCACUGUAGGCUGGAUUAAGGACUUACUAAGUCAGAGAACACAAUCAGUGGUACUGGAUGGGCAUAUAUCUUCUCCACUGGAUGUACUCUCCGGAGUGCCACAAGGAACCGUCCUGGAACCGCUCCUAUUCCUGACCUACAUCAAUGACUUUCCUGAGGGCACCAAUUUAGACGCCAGGCUGUUUGCAGAUGAGAGCCUCGUCUACCGAUAG